CCUUCACCUCGCUUUCUCCGCCCUUGCUCGAGUCACCUCGCUCCCCUCACCCAUAGACCCAAUCGGCCAAACCCCGCCUCCGACUCCGACCUCGAGCGCUCCAAUGGCAGCGUCCCCUGCACCCUUCUCGCUCUCCGCCUCCACAGUGGCGGCGCGGCUCCGCGCCGCGGUGGCACCGGCGGCGGCCGCGCGCGGCAGGCAACGUCGCGGGCGGAUGGUGGUGCGCGCCAGGAUCCGGGAGAUCUUCAUGCCGGCGCUGAGCUCCACCAUGACGGAGGGCAAGAUCGUCUCCUGGACCGCCGCCGAGGGUGACCGCGUCAGCAAGGGCGACGCCGUUGUCGUCGUUGAGUCCGACAAGGCCGACAUGGACGUCGAGACGUUCCACGACGGCAUCGUGGCCGCCGUCCUCGUCCCCGCCGGGGAGUCCGCUCCGGUCGGGGCGCCCAUCGCUCUGCUCGCGGAGUCCGAGGAGGAGGUGUCCCUCGCCGUCGCCAAGGCCCAGGAGCUCGCCAAGGGGGGGCAACCGCAGCAGGCGCCGCCUCCUUCGGCGGAUGCCGCCGGGACGCCGCCCCCUCCGCCGCCGCCUGCGGCAGAGGCUCCGGUUGCUGCUCCCGCGCCGUUGGCCGCGGGGACCAAGGGCAUUGCCACGCCGCAGGCUAAGAAGCUGGCAAAGCAGCACAGGGUGGACAUUACCAAGGUGACUGGCACCGGGCCGUACGGUCGAAUUACGCCGGCAGAUGUUGAGGCAGCCGCCGGCAUCCAGCCGAAGCCAAAGGUUUCUCCUGCUGCUGCUGCACCGCCACCUGCUUCUGCGCCGGCAGUGGCCGCGGUACCUCAGGCGGCAGUGCUCCCGCCGGUGCCUGGUGCGACCGUUGUUCCAUUCACUACCAUGCAGGCCGCGGUGAGCAAGAACAUGAUGGAGAGCCUGGCGGUGCCAGCAUUCCGGGUUGGGUAUCCCAUCGUAACUGAUAAGCUCGAUGAUCUGUAUGAAAAGGUUAAGCCAAAGGGAGUGACAAUGACGGUGCUGCUGGCGAAGGCUGCGGCCAUGGCACUCGCGCAGCACCCUGUUGUCAACGCUAGCUGCAGGGAUGGAAAGAGCUUCACUUACAACAGUAACAUCAACAUUGCAGUGGCUGUCGCCAUUGAUGGUGGCCUUAUUACACCCGUCCUGCAGGAUGCUGACAAGCUGGAUAUAUACUUGCUCUCGCAAAACUGGAAGGAUCUAGUCAAAAAGGCACGUGCAAAACAGCUCCAACCAAAUGAGUACAGCUCCGGGACGUUUACACUGUCCAACCUGGGAAUGUUUGGUGUAGAUCGAUUUGAUGCAAUUCUUCCACCCGGCCAGGGAGCUAUAAUGGCUGUUGGAGCCUCGAAACUUACAGUGGUGGCUGAUAAAGAUGGUUUCUUUAGUGUCAAGAGCAAAAUGCUGGUCAAUGUCACUGCUGAUCACAGGAUUGUAUAUGGUGCUGAUUUGGCAGCAUUCCUGCAAACUUUUGCAAAGAUCAUUGAGGAUCCUGAGGGCUUAACUUUGUAAGAUUUCUUGAAGUGUUAUGAGGUUAUAUAUGUGGUCGUCGUUCACCUGAUUCUGUUUGGAGUCCUGUCGGUGGUCUCCAAUUUUGUAUCAUUGAGCUCUCAACAGGAUGUUGCCUGAGCUAUUUGUACUGAUCUUUAUUUCUCAAUAUUUUCAAUGUUGUUGGAGAGAUUAUACUGUUGAUACAUUGGAAAUUUUGGAGAGCAAUAAAUUAUAAUUGUAGAA